AUGAAUAAUCUUAACCCGUAUUCUCAGUUUAUAACGGCACUCGUUAUUGUAUUACUCCUACGCAACAAUGCGGAUCCACAAGCACUCUCAAGUAAGUACCACAACAUGAAGGUCAGAAUAACCUCUAACAAUCCGAUAAGAAAUCCGCGCGAGGGACGUGUUGAGGUGAGUUUUGACGGCGUCAAAUGGGGUACACUUUGCAGCUCAACUUGGAGUUUUCGUGAAGGCAAUGUGGUAUGUCGACAACUCGGUCUCGGCUACGCGGCCAUGGUUAAUCAAACAACCACCUUCGGUGACAGCAAAAAGUAUCCUUGGGCUAUGAUCGGCACUCUUUGUCGUGGUAAUGAGCAACAUCUGUCGAACUGUUUGCGUGAGGCCACCUACCCACGAAAUUGUACGGUCGGCAAUCCUAAUGUAGCAGUUGUACGUUGCGUGCCGCAGAGCGCCGAUUUGACUUUGGGUCUGCGUGACAUUGAGAUCUCAGCUCGGCUCGAAUUGGCGCCGAUGACACGGCUUCAGUGCGCUAUGGAGGAGAAUUGCGUCUCGGCUGAGGCUUAUGUCAUACGACUCACAAAACCGAAUGCCAUACGAAAUCUGUUGCGUUUCACAACCAAAGCGGAAAAUGUGGGCGACGCGGAUUUCAGCCCCUACGCGAACUAUAAAGACUGGGAGUGGCAUCAGUGCCAUCAACACUAUCAUAGCAUGAACGUUUUUGCGACUUUUGAUGUCUACGAUUUGCGUUACAAGAAAGUGGCAGAGGGACACAAAGCCUCUUUCUGUCUGAUGGACACGAAUUGUGUGCCGGGCGUCCGACCCAAAUACACCUGCGGCAAUGAGACGCAAGGCAUAUCUAUUGGCUGCGCUGAUUUGUAUACCGCCGACUUGGAUUGCCAAUGGGUCGAUGUGACCGGCUUACCGGUAAAUCAAUAUUAUAUUCUUCGUGUCGCCAUCAAUCCAGAGUAUAAAAUUGGCGAACGCACUUUUGAAAAUAACGGUGCUGAGUGCAUCAUACAUUAUACGGGAAAACCGGCGACGACACGAAUCACGAAUUGCCGACGUACGCCAUUGUGGUUUAAAGUUUAA